CAUGACCUCCUCUUCACAGCCUGCCUCUUCCACGACAUCGGUACAACAAACACCUACGACACUGGCCCGCAGCGCUUUGAAGUUGAAGGUGCCGAUGCAGCUGUCAAGCAUCUUUCCAAGUUCGGAAUCGGAAGGGAAGAUAGGCACGACGUCUGGACGGCUAUUGCCAUUCACACUAGCCCCGACAUUGCAGAGAGAAUUGGAGAGCUGUCCAGAUUGGUGAGAAUUGCGGUGAUCACGGACUUUGGAAGGAGUACUGCGGAGUCGGAGACGCUUGUUCCGUUGAGGGAGGAGCUGGAAGCCAAGUUUGAGAGAGGGGGGAUUGAGAAAGUGCUUGGCGAUGCGGUUGUUAAACAGGCGAAGCAGAGGCCAGAGAAAGCGCCGAUGGUGAGUUGGCCGGGUGUACUGUAUCGUGCACAUCUGGAGGAGCCAGAGUGGGAUGGUGUGAACAAAGGUUUUUGA